AUGUCUACACUGGAUGGGAAGCUCUGGUCCGAGACUCCUCUCAUCUUCUCUUCACACAUCUCCGCACGCCUCGGAUGCAAUGCAUAUCUGAAAUUAGAGAAUUUACAGCCUUCACAAUCGUUCAAGUAUCGGGGCAUAUCGCUGUUCGUCCAACAUGCGCUACGCACACACGGACCUGACACGCACUUAAUCAUCGCAUCGGGUGGGAACGCAGGCCUUGCCGCCGCGUGCGCCGCCAAGGCACUCUGUCUGCGCUGCACUAUCUUCCUGCCCGAGGGUGUGAGUCGGUCCACGAUCGACUUCAUGAGGAGGGAGGGGGCAAAUAUUGUCACGGCUGGCAGGUGCUAUGCGCAGGCCCUAGCAAAGGCAGAGGAGGUGAUGGUAGCGGAUCCCAAGGCGGUGCUAGUGCCCGCUUAUGAUAAUUCUAUCCUCUGGGAAGGGCAUGCAUCUAUGAUCACUGAGAUCGUGCAGCAGCUCCCGCCGGGAAUGACACCGGCUGCCAUAUUUUGCAGCGUCGGGGGCGGAGGGCUUCUCGGCGGUGUCUUGCAGGGGUGCAGAUCUGUCGGAUGGGAUCAUGUACCCGUUGUUGCACUCGAGACUCUUGGCUCCAACAGCUUCUACCAGUCGCUGGCACUUAACCCUGGUGCAUUUACUGCGACAGAAUCUCACUUGCCACCUGAAGGUGUCCGAGCUGAGCACGAUUCCGUACACAAUGUGAAUGUUGCACACCUAUCCACGCUGAAGUCACGCGCAACCUCUCUCGGAGCAUCGUCGGCCUCUGCUGCAGUUGUGAAGAUGGCGCUGGAUCGGAAGGGUGGACUCAAGAGUGUAUGUCUGCCUGACGAGUUUCUAAUGAAGACGGCUCGGUCGUUCGCAGAGGAACACAAGAUGCUGGUGGAACUUGCAUGCGCCGCGACUCUCACUUCAGCCUACAACCCUGCAUUAUUUGAAAAGAUACUGCCAUCCUCACCGUCAAGCUCUCCGAGAACGGUAGUCUUUAUCGUCUGUGGGGGCUUCAAAGUAGAUCUCGAAGAACUGGAAGAGUAUCGGACGGGUGUUCAGGCAGACGCAAAUAAUGGAAGUAAAUGGCAAGUGCUGUGCAAUGGUGAGCAGUGGGCGUUGGAUAUGUGA